CUUUCACUGUAUAUAAGCCGUGUGGGUGCGAGUGCGCGCUGUGAGUCCGGGUGAAUUAGCUGAGGGGAUGGAGCGUCUGUGCGGCUUAGUGUUCCUGGCUCUCCUCUGCCGGUUCGGCGCUGCUGACACCCCAGCAAACUGCUCGUUCCCCGACCUGGAAGGCACCUGGGAGUUCCAAAUAGGAGAGGGCACCGGGGCUGCUCGGGAUAAGAACAUUGACUGCUCCCAGUUGGGUAAGGAGAGAACCAAACUUACGGUCACACUGAAAGAGCUGAACAUUGCGGAGGAUCAGAAUGGGAACCUGGGCUCCUUUACUCUAAUCUACAACCAGGGCUUUGAAGUGAACAUCCUCAACUACCUGCUCUUUGCCUUCUUUAAGUAUGAACAGCGAGGUUCUAACGUCACAAGUUACUGCCACGAAACCUUCCCAGGUUGGGUUCAUGAUGUGCUGGGUCGCAACUGGGCUUGCUUUGUUGGGAAGAAAAUCUCUGCGGAAUCAGGCGUGAGGGUCAAUCCUGAUCCAUUCCCGAAAAAGGAGAUGCUCACAAGCAGGGUUUAUACCUACAACCACGACUUUGUGAAAGAGAUCAACUCUGUGCAGAAAUCUUGGACUGCAGACGUCUAUCCUGAAUACCAAGGCAUGUCCAUUGAGGAUCUUAUCCGAAGAGCCGGGGGGCGCAACUCCAGAAUACCUGUGAGGCCCAGGCCAGCUCCAAUGCCUACCGACAAAAAAUACAAAGGCCUUCCAAAUGAAUGGGACUGGAGAAACAUCGCUGGAUACAACUUUGUCAGCCCUGUUAGAAACCAAGGAAGCUGUGGAAGCUGCUAUGCCUUUUCCUCAAUGGGUAUGUUAGAGUCUAGAAUCCAGAUUCAGUCUCAGCUCUCUCAGAAGCCCAUUCUGAGUCCCCAGCAAGUGGUGUCCUGCAGCAAUUAUUCCCAAGGUUGUGAUGGUGGCUUUCCAUAUCUUAUUGCUGGAAAAUACCUCAAUGAUUUUGGAAUUGUGGAAGAGUCUGACUUCCCAUACACUGGUUCAGGCUCACCCUGCACACUGAAAGAUUCCUACCAGAGAUACUACACCGCUCAGUACCACUACGUUGGUGGAUUCUACGGCGGUUGCAAUGAAGCCUACAUGAAACUAGAGCUCAUUCUUGGGGGCCCUCUCUCCGUCGCCUUUGAGGUGUACAGCGACUUCAUGCACUAUCGAAGCGGCGUCUACCACCAUACCGGCCUGCAAGAUAAGUUCAACCCCUUUCAGCUGACCAAUCACGCGGUUCUUCUGGUGGGAUACGGCACUGACCAGCAAACUGGGGAGAAGUACUGGAUUGUGAAGAAUAGCUGGGGAGAAUCUUGGGGGGAGAAUGGAUACUUCAGGAUACGCCGAGGCACAGAUGAGUGCGCAAUUGAAAGUAUAGCGGUAUCUGCGACCCCUAUUAUUAAACUCUAGGCGUUGUCCAAUGAUCUGCUUUUUUUCCCCCCCCCCUAUUCACAGGUGACCAGACCUGCUUCAUUUUUAUUAAAAGAUUUGUUCACCUUUGAGUAACUUUUAGUAUGAUGUAGAGAGGGAUAUUCUGAGACAAUUUACAGUUGGUUUUUAUUGUUUGUGGUUUUGGAGUUAUUUAGCUUUUUAUUUAGCCGCUCUCCAGUUUGCAAUGUAAAUCAGUGUAGUGAUCUGGUUGCUAGGGUCUAAAUUUCCCAUAGCUACCAUACAUUGAUUUGAAUAUGAAUAGGAGAGGGCCUGAAGAGAGACCAGUAAUACAAAUAAAUAACAAUACAUUUGUAGAUUUAAAGAACAUUUGUAUUUAAAUGGGGUCAGUGACCCUCUUUGGAAACUGCAGAAAUAAUGAAAAAACUAUUAAAAAAAUAAUGACCAAUUGAAAAGUUGCUUAGAUUCUAUAACAUACUAAAAGUUAUCCUAAAGGUGAACCACCCAUUUAACCAAAGGUUCUGUGAUGGCCAAUGUCCUUCUCGCCUAUUAUUAUUAUAUUUUGGGGGCGCACAUUUUAAACUUGUGUGCUCAGGUCAGAAUUGAUAUAAAAUUGUGUAUUUUCACACACAUUUCUUUAGAGGGAACACUGGUGAUGGCCCUACGCUGUGCACUAAAUUUAAAGGCAACAUGUACCCUAUUUAUAAGUAGAGCUUCAAGGCACUAGGGGAGCAGGAAUCCAUACCUACACCCAUACCCAAUAAUAGAAAUGGGGACAACUCCCAGAAUCAUUAGAAAACAAACGCUAAAUUAUAAAGCCGCCUUUCUAUUAGGACACAAUUUUCCCUUUAAAUCUAUGGUUUGGUCACCUCGUGGGCUGUCCGAAUCAUUACGCUUUAAUUCUGCCGCAUUUUCUGUUGUGUUCUUGCUUUGUGCUAUGAAUGGUCACCUUGAAAAAUCAAUUCUUUUGUAAACUAUCUCUUUAAAAGAGCCAAAAUCCACUGCCUGUAAACAUGAAAAGCACUUCUAUUCUGUAACUUUGCUGAAGUUUAAUUAAACGAUCGAUCAGAGGGGUUUGGACGCAGCCACGGUAAAAGAACGUGUGCGAUUGGAUGAAGUAGAAAUAACUUGGCGCAUCUUCUAUAACCACUGAAAUGGUCACUAUAUUUUUAUACAUCGGGGUGAAAGGGAAUCGCUUGUAUGUGCCUUACGGCUAAAUCAGGGACGACAUUCUUUUUAUAAGAAAAUGUAUAUUGUAUAGCGUAUUCUAAAAUGCUUAAUAAAAUGUUUUUUCCUAA